UUAUUAUUUAUUUCUCCAUGUGUGUUUACCGUUGGUCGAAAUCCCAAGUUCCUUCACUUUUGGCUUCAAGCUAACGUCGCAUUGGAGGAAUUAAGCGGCCUCGGUUAUUUACAAUGAUGGCCCACCGUUUGUUGACACCCCAUGAAGCUUAAACUUUAUCAUCAACGUCCUAGGGUAUUGACACUUCCUUUUCUUAUUUUUUUUUUCAGUAAACGCUUCAUGUGGCCCACACACAAAGACAAAGCGCUGCCACCACUGACUAGAUCGUCGACUGCUGACGAUGAGGACUCUUCCAUAAGUCAGGAGGAUUUAAAUGCAUUAUUUCAUGUACCUUUUGUCCGGCAAGUAUACGAACCAACAUUGCCUGUCAUGAUCGAAGAAGAAAGCUGCUCCAGUAUCUCGGAGCAUGAGGAUAACGACGACACCCACAGCGGACGUCCUUCUUUUGCUUCGUGGCAUGACGCGGUGGAACACGUGGAUGAGGAAGCACCGGCGGUGGAAUAUCCGAGUAUUGCCAAUUCCAUGGCUUGGGGUCACCGGAUCACGAAACCGCUGCCUACGCUCAGCGAGAAGAGUUCUGAAGACAGACAAGAAGAUGAAGAUUUUCGAGCCGGAGAUAGUAUCUCGUUACCAAUGACCAGCACUUCCAGUGAAUCGUCGAAAUCGGUCUCGCGGCACUUUACUGCGAACGUUGAAUACAAUACAGCGGUGUUACAGUCCAUGUUCCAUCCCCACAGCACAUUUGUUCACCAUACUCACAACGAUGAAGUCAGCUAUGAAGCCUGGUCUCCACCUGGAUGGUGCACGCCAGCGGCGCGUCUUGCAAAACGUUUCCAAGGUGAUAUACAACCAAGACCUUCGCUACCGUUCUCACCUACAGGGAGCUCUGAAGGUCUCACCGACCCGUCUCCACGCAAAUCAGGGUCCGUAGCCGCCGAAGAAUCUUUCUACUACGAUAUCCUGCGAAAAAUCCGGGAUCCCAACAGCACAUUCAAUUCAUGGAAAAGCGACAAAAUCGAUGACAUAUCUCUCGCUUCCAGCGCCUCGCUGACUCUGGCAAAGACAUCCAAUAGUUCGGCCUUGUUAUCUCUUUUACGGAACGGGCCCAUCCGUCUCGGUCACGCCAUUACUGCUCGGAUGCAGCAUGAUCGGUCUUCUCGCCGGUCACGAAAAGACAAUGAAAUCGAUGUAGAAAGUAAGCCUGAAGGCACGACCGAAAACGCCGACGUGGUUGAACGGGCCACGGCGCCAGUGAUUGAACGGCGACUGUUCUGGCUCGGAUUCCUGUUUCCACCGCUUUGGUUCUACUGCACCUUUCGACGUACCAGUGACAGCAACACAAUUUGUGCGAACCAACACCUUCGACUCCAAUGGCAGCGCCGUUGCCGCAUUGCCGGAAUCGCAUUCAUCAUGACCAUUGCUGUGAUAGCCCUCGUUAUUUUUGCAAAAUUACGCGGGAUGGCCGGCAGCCGUCGUAUUCCAGCCGAUCAAAUCCCAGCCGUCAUUUUCAACUUCAAUUCCUGAAAUCACUAUGCGAUUGUGAAAGUUCAGAUGAAACCUUUUUUU